GUUACAGUACAGCAUUUCUUAAAAACACAAGGCAUCCAGACAAUCGAGACACAUUCAGUAUUGCAAUUUCAACUGAGCGCUAUACGAUUUUUUGUGACAUAAUUUGUUUAAAAAUUUCCUUAUUUAUUUACUUGCAUAGAAAUCAGAAUGGAGACGAUAAUUAGUGUUAUCCUACUGCUUCUGUCCGUAGCCGGAUUAAACGGUAGUCCACCGAAAAAAAAAUGCCUGGUUCAAGGACCAAUAACGCUGCCCGAUGGAAAGAAUAUUACCGGAUCGAGGAAUGUGGGCGGAUGCACAUGCAAGGAAGUGUUUGACCAAGAGUUUAAUCCUAACGUGCAAGACGAUGUGGGCGUCACGUGUAACAAGGACGGCUCCUGGAGUCUGAAGCAAGAUCGUUGGCAGUUCGCAUACUGCGUGGACAAGCAGGGCAACCAGGUCAGCGAGGUGGUCGUUCAGGAGCACUGGAGUCUCCAGUGCGAUCCGGUUCCGCGUAUGCCGGGAACAGUACCGCCCCUGCGUCCCCGGAAGCCGACUUCCCGCCGUCCAUCCGCUGGCGCGGCCUCGCAUAGCUGAAAGCCGUGCAGAAACAGAAACAUUAACCCAAUUCAUGCAUAGGCUUUCUGCUAUCAAUGUUUAUUCAAUAGCAUCAGUCGUUGUGGUUUCUCUUAUCACCGAGAGUCCGAGACCAGAAUUAAUGGGAAAGCAGAAUACUUAAUCAUAUGAAGUUUUAAAGCAAUCCGUUAUUCUUGCGUUGAGUGUUUGGUAAGCUCUUUUGCUAGGUACUUACUUGUGUUAGCCCAUACAGUAUACUUGUGUUAUACGAUUAAAUGAUAGAAGAUAAUUCCAAAGGGUGGUCACCGGCGCUCGUUUUGAACUGGUUGUCUGCAUGUGCCUUCUGUUUUGUCUUUGAUUGUUGAAUUCGGGCGACUGUAUUACUUUAGUGCUUAAGUUCUCUUUAAUAUUCGCAUUUUACUAAUUUUAUCCAGUUCAUCCUGGGAACAAUAUCUAAAAUUUUUAUUUAAUGUAAAAAAAAUAUUUCUAUCGGCUCUAAAUCAGAUACUGGUACUCGUAAUACGACUGACAUAGUAGAAAAACAUAUGGGAAUUCGAUGGCGAAUAAUAUUUUUG